AUGGAUCCAACCGAAUCACCUCCAAUCGAAACAUCUCCCAUCGAUUCCUGGAUCCAGAACCCGGCAGAGAAUAAUGGACCUCUGAUGUCCGUUGUUACCUGGUGUUUGGUCUCAGUUGCUGGUACCUGCUUGGCCACCCGGCUCGGUAUUCGCCAGUAUCAAGGGCAACUGUGGUUCGACGAUGCCACACUUGUCAUCAGUUGGUUGUUACUUCUGGCACAAGUCAUCGUCAACCAACUCUCUAUCAACAUAGGCUACGGAAAACAUACUCUUGAUCUUGAUUUCACUAAAGUCGAUCUCAUGAUGGUCUAUGGCGCGGCGGAACUCACGAUAUAUACUGUGGCUAUUGCCAUGAGCAAGAUUUCUUUUGGAAUCUCUUUGCUUCGAUUGACGAAGGGAUGGACUCGAUAUAUCGUAUGCUUUGCGAUCACUACCUUGGCGAUUUUUGCGAUUCCCGCCACCAUUAUACCAUGGGUGCAAUGCAAACCACUGGCAAAAACCUUUGUGGAUUUCUUACCUGGUAAAUGUUACAACAAGAAACCAUCUGUCAAGUAUGGGCAAUUCCAAGCUAUAUGGUCAGCGAUGAUGGAUUUGUGUCUUGCACUACUGCCCUGGCAAAUCAUUUGGGGAUUGCAGAUGCGCCUCGCGGAAAAGAUCGGCGUAGGCGUCGCGAUGAGUCUGGGAAUAUUUGCCGGCGCUACAUCCAUUAUUCGUUCUACAUACAUCCAGAAAUUGACAGUACAGGAUGUAUCGUAUGAAUCAUACAAUGCGAUCAUAUGGGCAACGGCAGAAUGCUCCAUGACCAUUGUCGCUAUUUCGAUCCCCGUAUUUCGCGUCUUUUUCAAAAAGGCGAUACAGACGGCGAGGACCGGCUACUCGAGCAGCAAAAGCAGAUCACGAACAGACCCCUCCAACAACGCGAGCGCACACAACCGAAUCAGCAUACGGCAAUUCAGCAAGAAAACACCAGACACAUUGAUCAGCGACAACUUCUCAAAAAAGGGGUUCGGGAGUGAAUCUCAAAGCUACGUACAGCUAGACGAUCUGGUGAUCAACGAGCAGACUCAGCAGAGGCGCGCCACUUCUUCUUCCUCAUCGGAUGCCCAGCCGGAUUCAUCUGUGCGCCAGAUACCAACCUCGCCGGUGUGA